CUAACUACUAUGCUUUAAAUUAUUUUCUCUGGUUUAAUAUAAGACAUCUGACACACUACAGUAGAAUUUUAUUGUUUAUUUUAAUGUUUUAUUUAAAUAUAUAAUCUCAAUAGGUUUAAAACUUCUACAAAUUUCAUUUUUCUUUAUCUUUUCAGAAAAUAAUUUUGGACAUUUCAUUAUGGAUAAACAAAAUCAUAAGUGCCAGGUUUCUAUUUCAAAAUUAUUUGCCAAAAGACAAUGCCCAUCUACAUCUCACGAUACCGAACACCAUACGAAUGCAAUAGCUUCAGAUACAGAUGUUAUGCAUGAUAAAAAUGUGAAUGUUAAUGCAACUCAGAGCGUAGAUGCAAAAGAUAUUUCACAUUACCUGAACAGACCGUUGAAUGAUCACGAGCGAGAGAAAGUUUUGAAAAGUAUUUGGGUGCCUCCACAAACCUACAAAUUUCCUGCAACGGAAUGUAGAAAAGGAAGCUGUACAGAGAAAAAGCAUUUUCUGAAAUUCCAGCAUAGCUGGUUAACUCGGUGGCCAUGGCUAUGUUAUUCAGGUAAAGAAAAUGUGGCAUUUUGUAAGUUUUGUGUUUUUUUUUUUUUUUUUCAAAAUCAGGAGCUGGAAUAAACUCACAAGAACUUGGGAUUUUGGCAAAAAAAAAUUUGAUAGUUGGAGGAAAGCUACUGAAUCCUUCUCAAAACAUGAAUCUCUCCAGUAUCACAUUGGCUGUGUUGCCGAUGCGGAGCACUUUCCGGCUGUUUCAACCAGUCCUACAGAAUUUUCGGUACAAAACCAAAUUGACAAACAGCGUGCUAAGCAGAUUGAGGCAAACAGGAAAGUUAUUGUCCCGAUAAUUGAAGCAGUCACAUUCUGUGGAAGACAAGAAAUAGCUCUCCGUGGUCACAGAGAUUCGGGGAAAAUCGUUCUUGGAGAAGAACCUGAAAGUAAUGAGGGCAAUUUUCGUGCACUUCUUCGAUUUAGAGCCCAAGGAGACGACAGCUUAAGAAGUGUUCUUAGCAAUCCAGGAGAAAACAACAAAUACAUCAGUCCAACAAUUCAGAACAAGAUAAUUGAUUCGUGUAAUUCUGUGCUUCUUGCAAAGAUAGUUAACUUGGUCAAUGAAGCAAAAUGCUUUGCUGUAUUGGCUAAUGAGACAGCUGAUAUUUCUGGUGUGGAGCAAGUGUCCCUCUGUGUUAGAUAUGUAGACCUAAAAGAAAUGAUGUUGAAAGAGGACUUCCUGCAAUUUGUCAGUACAUCAGAUUUCACAGGUAAAGGAAUUUCAGAACUGAUUUUAUCAAGUCUCACAUCAUUUGGAAUUCAUUUACAAUAUCUUCGAGGACAAGGAUAUAAUGGAGCAGCUGAUAUGUCAAGAAGGUUUAAUGGAGUUCAAGCACACGUGAAGACCAAUUACCCUACAGCUAUUUAUAUUCAUUGUGCUGCUCACUUCUUCAAUCUUGUAAUUUCUAAAUAUUGCGAAGUCCAGGAUAUUCGAAAUUGUAUCGGAAUUAUUGGAAAGACACAUGACUUUUUUAUUCAUCCAAAGAGGAAAGCUGUUCUCACUAAUGCCAUACAAGAAAUGGAUUCUGACCAUCAUGCUCGAACACUUAAGAGAAAUUGUGCAACAUGUUGGAUUGAACGUUAUCAUGCUGUAAGUGAUUUCUGUGAGCUCCUGGAACCAGUAGUAGAAUCACUUGAACAAAUUACUCACUUGCAAGGCUCGUCCGACACAUCACAGCAAGCAGCAAUUCUUAAAAGUGCCAUUCAAAAGUCCAAUUUUUUGAUAUCUCUGAUGAUACUGAAAAAAGUAUUCAGCAUUGGUUUGCCAUUCAGUAAGUAUUUACAGACAAAGAAUAUUGACCUGAGAGAAGCAGUAGAUAUGGCUCAGCUGACUCUUCAAGAAAUUCAAGUUUUGAGGAAUGAUGCAGAAAAUCAUUUCCAUAUAAUUUUCGAAGAAGCUAAAACCAUCGCAGAUAAAAAUGGAGUGUUGUUGAAUCUACCGAGAACCACAGGCAGGCAAAACCACAGACCAAAUCUCCAAGAGUAUUCUGCAUCCCCAGAAAAUUAUUUCAGAAUCACUGUGUUUAUUCCUUUCUUGGACACAUUCUUAACAGAAUUAAACAGUAGAAUUAUUUGUCAUUCAUCUCUGCUGAAAGGAUUCCAUGCAAUUAUUCCUGGUGCUGCAGAUAUAGACUUUUUACAAGCUGACUCUGAGGAAGAUAUUGAGAACUUCUUAGUUUUUAUCACUGGGAUUUGAAUGCCCCAACUUCCACCAUCAUGGCAGAAAUCAGACUCUGGUAUAUAAAGUGGCAACAUAUCAAGAAGAAGCCUCAGAAUGCCAUGGAUGCAUUAGUACAGUGCAAUUGUGACAUGUUUCCGAAUGUGUUUCGCCUACUUCAGAUAUUAGCCACACUGCCUAUAUCAAGAGCUUCUGCGGAGAGGUCCUUCUCUUCCCUUAAAAGGAUCAAGACCUAUCUCCGAAACACAGUAUCUCAGGGCAGAUUGAAUGGGCUGGCAAUGCUUUCAAUUCACCGCAGUGUACAAAUAUCUACGGAUGAAAUUUUGAAAGAACUAACGAAAAAACCUAGGCGACUUCAAUUUGUACUUCAGUAAAUGUGCAGACAACGAACAAAAAAUGGAAAUUGAUGGUGUAAUUCCUAUACAAUGUAGUGUAUUAAGACUGUAAGAUAGGUAUAUGGAUUUAGGUUGAAAUUAUAUUAGUUGCAAAAUCAUGUAGAUUCUGUCAUGUCAAUAUUAUUUUGCUUAUAAAAUAACAUUUUAAAACCUCUGCAAAACUACCGAAAAUGGCCUUAAAUAGCACCAUUUAGCACCUAAAUAUCAAAAUUUUCCCGGGGGAGCAAAGUGGGGAUGGAUGCAUGUUGGGGAUGAGUAA